CUGCCUCCUGCCAGACAUCCGGUGUUCUCUUUCGCCAACCAUUGGCUGACCUAAACUUCACGUAAAAUUACGUCAUCCAACAUGGCGGUUCUGGAGCAGAAGAGUGGUGUUUCCAUGAUAAAUGUGUCUGAAAUGUCAAAGAUUAAAACCUCAAGAAACGCGGCGGCUAAAUCCCCUGCGAAGAAGAUACUGAAGGGAGCAAGGGUGACCUUCUGUGAGUUGUGUCGGAGAACAUAUUAUACACCUGAUGCACAAGGACAUGUACAUAGUAUGCUGCAUCACAUAGAGCUGGAGGCAGUGCUGGGCAAGGGUUUAUUCCACGAAUGCCUGGCGUGUAAGGCAUCCCCCAUGGAUUUAAAUAAGUAUUCUGAGCACAUCACCAGUGAUAAACACCUGGCCAAGUUGAAGAGCCUUAUGGAAGCACAUGUAAAGCCCAUCUCCCUGUUGAAGAUUUUGGGCCAAGAAAGGCUGCUACAGAUCCGUCAGAGAAACAGGACACUGAGAAAAGAGGCGAGGAAGGAAGGGAAAAAGAAGAAAAAGAAAGGGAAGCAGACAGCUGCUAGGGAGCGUCCAAAACCACUGAUAGCUAAAAAUACGACCAAACGAGGGAAGCAGGAAAAAGCUACGCCAGUGAAGAGUAGCCUACUGCUGCCGGAUACUCACAAACAGGGAAAGAACAAUGCUGUUUGUCAAAACAAAGAGAACAAAGUGUCCAGUCUGCAAAGUUCCCUUUGCCAAAGAGAAUCAACUCCCCAGAAUCAAAGCAGGUUGGUUUCCUUGUCUGAAGACCCUGCAGGUCAAACUUUGCAUCACUCUACUGUUAGAGACCAGUCCACACAAUCAGCUCAACAGCUGGUGUAUAGUGACUUUUCCAUCCAAAUCAAGAGCUCCCCAACCGAAAGACCUUGUAAAAGACAAAAGCAAAGAGAGCAACAACAGACAACAAAAAAACUACAACAAAACAUGUGGCCUACCAUCACCCAGGAUGACUAUUACAACAAGCAGGACGAUGGAGAAUUCACCAGUGAUCAUCUUCCUUAUAACGGAGCCAUCAUCUUUGGUCAGGACCAGGUGCAGGGUCCAGAAUCCUCUCAGUCGGCACAGCGAGCUUCAGCUCAAACGGCUUCAGCAAACGGAAAUGCAAAUGCAGCCCCAAUACGGGACGUCGACGUCAGUACGAUGCUACGGCAAAUCAGAAGAGCGCUGGGCGUGAGGGAGCUGUGUAGAGCUGACCGCGAAGCCCGGAAGCAGAAGGCCGAGGCAGGGGUCCUGGUGUCAGCUGGAGAUGAGAAAUGCAAGCCGACGGGAGCCUCUCCACAGGUUGGCAAAUCUGGCCAAUCUGGCCCUGUCUCCAACGUUACUUCAUCUAAGCAAAAGCGGAGAUAUUUUGAAAUGGCACAAGGAUGCCAGGACUCCCUCGACAGCAAGACCCCUCUGAGCCCGUGUCCGCCUACAUCCUCAGAGCCCAACCUGAACAUCCGCAGCAAGGUUCGAAUUUCCCGCAAAUUCUUCAAAGAGGACGGGGCUAAACCAACCACAAGUAAACUCAACUUGUCAGGGGCCGAGAGUAAUCCAAGCGGGAUGGGGACGUAUGAGGAGUUAAAAAGGAGAAAACAGGAGAGCGGCAGCGGCACGCCCAGGUUUGGAAUUGAGUUGGCGAACCCUCUGUCUGACCAAGAAAGCGCCACACAAGCAAAUGACCCCACUACGUCGGAAGGCUUCCACUGGGAAACGUUCUCCGAAGGUCCUUCAGGUGAACCAUUAUUGUCCCCUCCGCCCCGGAACACAACGCACAAUGAGAGGGAAACCCAGCCAGACGCUCCAAAUCGGGGGCCUUUGGAGCAGCGUGGUGCAGCGCGCGGUCUCCCCGUGAAGGUGGAGCCCACCUUGGAGGGUGUUGUUGGAGAUUUGAGAGCCAACUGUAGUGCCAUCAAGAGGAAACCCAACGUUGCUGAUGACAUUUCCCACAUGCAGCCAAGUGGAAAAAAGAAGAAGUCCAAGUCAAACAAUGACCAGGGCCCCAUGGACCAGCUGUUGGCUGUCUCUCUGAGGGAGGAUGAGCUCAGUCACUCUUUGCAGGAUUUGGACAGGUCUCUGGUCCAGGCCCGCAAUUCCCUGCAAGCUGCCUACACAGAAGUGCAACGACUCCUGCUAAUGAGACAGCAGUUUUCUGUGGAGGUGAACAAUCUGAGAGCUCAGCGAAUCGAAAUCCUCCAAGGGAUGCAAGGAGGAUACUCUGGCGCAGAGAAAGCCACCACCUCAUCAGCAGGGGCUGCUGCUACAGCGCAUCCAAGACACUCUCCCCUUCUGGCCUCCGUCUUCCCCACCUCCUCCAGGCAGCAGUCAUCUCCCACAGUCCCACCGUCUUCCAUUAGCCCCCUCGCCCUGCCAACAAUUCCAGUCAAGCAAGAACUUUUCAAAGGUGUACUUCAGCUACACGCAACCCUACCGGUGCUCCCGUUUCCCCCCAAUCUUCCUUCACCGCGGCUCCCGUCGCCAUCCUUGGCUGCCACUGCACCGGCUGCUACCGCUGUCAAACGAGUCAAAGCCGAGUGCUCCGAAGCGACGGGCGCAAACGCUUGGCAGCAGACGGCGACGUCGGCGAGCGGAGAAACGCCGUCAGCGGACGAUGACUCCGUGGGGGAGACGGAAGGAAAUCUCUGCAGAGAACGAGAGGAGGUGGAAGACGAGCCCACAGCUCAAAUCGCAGCAGACGACGACGAGGGGAGCGAGAGCGAGGCCUCUGUCGAAAUGAUGGAGCCGGGCAACCUGGUGGUCAUUGACGUCGACGAAUCGGGGGAUUCGGACAGUGAGGAUGGACCAGAUUCUCCGGCCCACCAAGAGUCCCCUCAACGGUUUGUCAGUGUGGAGCUCAAUUCGUCAAGCACGCAGACGCUUCAGCAAAGCGAUGUGGAGAGAAAAGUUCAGCCCACACACGAGCCAGUGAAAGAUCCCAGCAGUACGCUCGACGAGGACGAGGAGCCGUCUGUGGGAUCUUUUUUGAGUCACACGGGCCCCGUGCACGGCCUCCAGAUUCACAACGGCCGGUUGUACACGUGUUCCGGGGACAACACGGCGCGGGCCUACUGUCUGAUGACCAAGGAGUGCAAAGCGUUCUUUGUGGGUCACACAAACAAAGUGAACUGUCUGCUGGUGUCGUCGGUCCCGAAAACUCCAAGUCGCCUCUUCACCGGAGCCAGUGACAAGACCAUCCGCUGUUACAGCAUAAAGACCACAAAGUGUCUGGACCAGCUCUCCCUGACGGACAGAGUGUUGUGUUUGCACAUUGCCUGGAACAUCCUUUAUGCUGGACUGGCCGAUGGAUCAGUAGCCAGCUACGACUUAAAGACUAUGAAGCACUUGGAUGUGUUUGAGUGCCACGGGCCGCGAGGCGUGAGCUGCCUCGGUACUUCCCAGGAGGGCGCCCGGCGAGUGCUGCUGGUCGGCUCCUACGACAACAGCAUCUCCGUCCGCGACGCCAAGAGCGGCUUGCUGCUGCGCACGCUGCAGGGCCACACCAAAACUGUCCUCUGCAUGAAGGUGGUGAAUGAUCUGGUGUUUAGUGGCUCCAGUGACACAUCCGUUCACGCUCACAACAUCCACACGGGGGAGUUGGUUCGUAUCUACAAGGGUCAUGACCACGCGGUCACGUCGAUAGUCAUCUUGGGGAAAGUGAUGGUGACGGCCUGUCUCGAUAAACUGGUCAGAGUUUACGAGCUUCAGUCUCAUGAUCGUCUGCAGGUGUACGGGGGUCACACUGACAUGGUGAUGUGCAUGGCCGUAUAUAAGAGUGUGGUCUACACAGGCUGUUAUGAUGGCACUGUUCAAGCUGUGAAGCUCAACUUGAUGAAGAACUACCGCUGCUGGUGGCAGAAUUGCGCUCUGAUCUUCGGCAACCCAGAGCAUCUUCUGCAGCACCUCGUCAGCGAUCACAGCAACCUCAACCUGCCGGCGGCCAAAUGUCGCUGGAAAAGAUGCCAUACUUUUUUCUCCACUCCGCAGUCUGUUCAGCAGAAGCUGCCUGAACACAUGCGGAACCACGUGGACAACGACAGUAAGGUGCAGCCUUGAAGCAGCUGUGGAGAGAAGCGGUGCAGCAGAUACGGUUGUCGCAGCCACAACAACACGUCUGCUCUUUUAAAAAAAAAAAUGAAUGAAAAAGAUUUUUCAUUAAUUGUCCAAUAGGACAUGAUGUUUUCCUGUUAUGCUCCAGCUUUUGAGGUGCUGAGCAAAUCUCUUGUGUAUAAUAUUUCAGCUCUGUUACAGUGAGACUCUGUCAUUGAUCCCUGAAGCCUUUGCAUGACCAAAAACCCAAUUGAUGAAAACAUUAUUGAAAAACAAUUAUUUGCAGUUAAAUGUGAUUAGUCAAUUCAUGAAUCUAUUUGGUUUGGUGGUCUGCAAGUUUUUUGUUUUCACAAUGAAUUCAUGUUGUGGUUUUCCGUUGUGUAUUAAUGUAUAUUGUACAAUAAGCCUCCUCGGAUGUCGUUAGUUAAACGUGGAGCUAAUUACUCAGAACAUUUGUAAAACUAUGCAGCACUGAAACAAAGACUUUUAAGAAGCAGUGUGUAUUGUUAAAUCUUUUGGCGAUGGACUCAAAGUGGAGCUUGAAGUGGUUUAGUUGUCGUCUGAACGUUCUGAUGAACAGCAGAGCAGGGAUGCCACAGUUUAGUUAUUCACCAGAACCCAGUUAGUCACAUCGUCUGUCUGCAAUGUGACUCCAGUGGAUUAUAAAGGGUUAUUCUUGUUAAAUUGGUGGUCUUACAAUGCGCCUGUUUGUAUAAAGGAUCCCGAUUGAUGCAGAAAAACGCAAUCUAUUUUCUUCUUUCCAUGCAUUCAUCUUCUUUGGUUAAACCUCGACAGUGCGCCAAAGAUUUAGUUUGUUAUUCUUGUGCUGGCUAGUUCAGCCGUGAGCCACUAGCGUUUGAGAUUACAAGCUACAGUUUGACAAGCGCACUUCUUUCCUACUCCACACUUCAAGAGCUCAUUUUAAUUUUCAAACUUGUAGUUUGGAAUAUGAAGCAAUUUUGCAGAUAUCAUUCAGCACAACAGAGUACAAGGCUUUAUGCUCAUUAUCUUUUCACAUACACAGGAUCCCAGACAGUCAGAUGUUUGGUAAGGAAGAUUUUUUAAAUCCUUCGAGGUUUUUCCGAAUUUUUAUCCUGAGAUUUUCCUCACUUGAGUUAUGGAAAUGAACAUGUUAUAUUUCUGCGUCUUCUAUUUAUAGGACACGCCGUUUGAAAAGUAACUCACGGGUUUGAAAUAUUGGCUAAUAUUUAGCACCGGACACUUUCUGUAUGAAGAAUGAAAUGUGCCACCUCCCCACUUUUAAGUGUGUUAAGACGAUGAAUCCUUAUGUCCCUCUUUCACACUCAGCAUUCAAAGUAGUUCAUUGUGUUUGCUGAGAUGUUUGACUCUAGAAAAUAUGGUUUAGCAUCAUUUUAGCAACAAACCAUCCCCUUAUUUAUAACCGCUCCAUAUUUCCAAGAGUUAUUUUAAGCAAUCUUCUUCUCCCCAAUGUCACCUUGAAAACCACUGCUUAGAAAAGUAGUAGUGAAAACUUUCAGACCAAACCUUUCACAGACUAAGAAUCUUGUUUUAAAAUGAUGUCUUCAUUUUUCUAUGUUGUGUACGGGGUGUAUUUGAUUUGUCUUUAAUACCCACUAUGUGUACAGCAAUAAAAUAUAAUGUAACUAUU